ACAACCUUCCUUUUCCGGUUUUGUGUGGAGUCUGCCACAUUUCCAGGUUUGAUAGAUGCUCAAAUCUGGUACCAUCUAACCUCUUUAACAGCCAGACAAGACUUCAACGACAAUGACAAAGUUUCUAGGAAAGUUCCUCUUGCUUUUGCUCCUGAUAUUACCAUCGACUUUCAUGCUGGCUGGAAAUGGAGUGGUGAGCGCAGCAGAGGACCCAAUAGAGGAUGUGGUUGAUGGCGAGGAGGAGGAUGGAACUGUAGAAGAGGAGGGUGCUGAGGACACUGGCUCUGAAGCGGCUCAGACAGACAAGGGUGACGAGGAAGAAGAAGAGGAGGAAGAAGCCACCCUUAAACCUUCCCCAGAUGCUGACACCUCCCUCUUGUUCACUAAGCCUGCAGGUGCCACCACAGAAUUCUUUGGUGGCAGUUUGGUGCGCCUUCUGGUUGGCUUUGCUAACAGUGGAGAAAAGGACUUCAUCGUGGAAAGCAUGGACGCCUCUUUCAGAUACCCCCAGGAUUACAGCUUUUAUAUCCAGAACUUCACUGCUGCCCGCUAUAACAGGCUGGUUGAACCCAAGGCACAGGCAACUUUUGAGUAUGCUUUCUUCCCCAGCGAACAGUUCAAUGGCAGACCGUUUGGAUUAUCUAUCAACCUGAAUUACAGAGAUGUGGAAGGCAACUACUUCCAAGACGCUGUAUUUAAUGAAACUGUGCAGAUUGUGGAAUCUGAUGAAGGACUGGAUGGGGAAACUUUCUUCCUGUACGUUGUAUUAGCCGCUCUGGCAGUGUUGCUGUUGGUAGGAGCACAGCAGUUAGUUGCAACCUUUGGCAAGAAGAGACUGGGCAAACCCAAGUCUGCAGUGGAGAUGGGAACUCAGAACAAUGCCGAUGUAGACUUCGACUGGAUCCCUAAAGAGACGCUGGAAGCACUAAAUAAAUCACCGCGUAAGUCUCCGAAGCAGUCACCAAGACAGUCCCCCAGAGAGAGGCGUACAAAAAGAGCAUCAGGCGCUGGUGAUGAAUAGGAGAGCAAGAAAAUGUCUAGAAUUUGAUAUUUAUAAAAAAAAAAAUUAAAGAGAUAAGAAUUGUUACUUGUCACAAGGCCACCAAAUGUUAAAGAUUCAAGUGCAAAGAAUGAAAUGUCGGAAUGCCAUAUGGGACCUGAGGGUCAGUUGUUCAAGAGCAGAAUGGAAUGAGCUAGAUAUUUUGAAUGUUUCAACUUGUACCAAUAAUUGGAAGAUAUCGCAUGUGUAAUUGAAUGAAUGUUUUCUACAAAUAUGACAAAGACAAAAAAAUACUGCACCAUCAAAGCCCUGUGAUGUCUUCAUUCAUUGGAUACAUUUUGCACGAAUUGAAACUGGAAUUGAAAUGCAGAAUGUGAGUUUAAAAAACUUUUUUUAAAAAAAUAAUAAAGAAAGAAAAAAUAUGCCUAGUUGUGCAAUUCGUGAUGAACUUCAGUCUGGUAUUGGUCUCAAAGGUACCCGAAAUUUAAAAGGUAAAAACUUCACUGAACACAACCAUGUUAAAAGAUGCUUUAUUUGAAGCUGCUGUGGUUAUUUUUUGGAAAAAAAGUGUUGAGUUUGAAAGCAACUUGAAAGCUGAUGGUAGGUCUAACUUGCACCAUUGCAAUUAACUAUGAGUUGUGUCCAGGGCAUUGUGAGGUGAAGUUGUAUUAACCCAUUUUAGGGUAUCUCUUUGUUGAAUAAUUAGAAAUAUAUUGUAUGCACAUCAACUGUUUUCAUGUACUUACACAACUUCAUAUCUGAUAACUUCAUGGGCUAGUGCUUUACCAUAUUCAAGGGUUUGUCAAGUUUAUAAAGAUGCCUUCUGUCACAGAAGCAGCAGUUCUUUUUUUAAAAAAUGAAAUUUUUGUAUUGACAUUUCUUUAGUAACAAGUAAGUUAAAAAUUUAUUGACUGUUGCUAAUUUGUCAAUGCAAAUGUUUACAUUUGGCCCUGAUGAAGUAUUUUUAAUUGUUUCUUUGCUUUUGGAGAUUAUAAAGUGGAAAAUGUUUAGCUUAAAAGAGGAACUGAUUGCUCCAUAAUUCCACAUGCUAGAAGGCCAGUGUAGAGGAGCUGAAUACAGUUAAAGACGCAAGUAAAUUUUUUUUUUUUUUUUUUUUUUUUUUUUUUGGGGGGGGGGGUGUCUCAUGGAGUCUAACAUAAAAUGAUCUCCUGAAAAAAAUUGUUGUAAGAUAUUUUUUAAAGACAAGAUUUAUGUGUUAGACUUGGUGAUGGUGCUUUGAGUAAGUAAUCAUAUAAACAUUUAUUCUUUCUCUUGUUAGAAGUAGUAUUUUCAUAAUCCGCGAAGAGUGCUGUCACUUGAAAAUAUAGUAUGCCAUAAUAUAUCUGUAACAUUCCCAGAAUUGAGCACAUUCUUCACUUCUCUGAAAACUUUCUUUGAAUCAUGGGUACAAAAUUUGUUAACCUGGCUGUCAAUAUACGACCAAUUCUUUUUGAGUCUCUUUUAAAGAAGGAAGUGCUUUUUAUGAGGGAAUUUUGAAACAGAUGGGUAUGUUGUCAGAUUUAGCCUACAUGCAUUGCUUUAUUAUCACAUGCAAUUGGGAAAUUCCACAUAAUUUAGCACAGAUUCUAAAAAAAACAUGAUUCGCACAAUGCCAAAAGUAGUGAGAAUUGAUAAACCUAGAUGUGAGUUUCACUUUCAUGAUCUGUAGUAGUUACUGUUACUAAUAAACGUGCCCAGGCUGAUUUAAUA